UCAGCUGGUGGCCGCAGCCGGGUGGUCACCACAACAAACACCGCUCCUGCUGCCACCAACCAGACUCCUCCAGCUGUUUCACCCUACUCCAGCUGUCUUACCCUCUCCUCCAGCUGUCCUACCCUACUCCAGCUGUCUCACCCUACUCCAGCUGCCUUAAACCCCGCCAGAACCUCACCCUAAACUACUACAGGGUGACUGGUGGACAGGAACGAGUCAAGAGCUGGUCUGAGCAUCCUCUCUUGCGAGACUCGAGGAGCCAAGAGGCUGUUUGGGAUGAGCAGAGAGCGGUGCUAGCAGCGAUAAUGUGCUAAUCUUGGGCGGCAGGUCAAACAUUACAUUUAUUUCGUAUUCUAAAGCUUUUUACAUGUGUGUUGACUCGAAUUAUUUCAUUGUUACGUUGGAAGAGUGGGAGCCACGUCUGAGAUGUCUUGGUCACUAGUCAACAGGGGCUUAGACCUGUUUGACAGUGAUUUGUCUGACAAGAGUAGUUGCCAAUCAAAUGUUAAUGGUAGUGCCAAGUCUGUGAAUGUUAGUACUCAGCGUCACGGAAUCAAGAAAGCAGCAAAGCAGAAGCAGAAAGCUCAAGCAAGGAAGAAAAAAGCCAGUACUCAACUUAUUCAGAAACAGGUAGCGAGUGCCCUCGAUGAAUACAAGAAAUAUGCACAUGUUGAUCGCACACGUGACAACAUUAAGUUUCUGAAAAAGAUUGACAAGAAAAGGGCACCCGCAGAGUAUAUUGAACAGAUUGCAAGUCAUCACUCUAAAGAGUUGGAUAGGAAGGGUGGUUGUCCUGAUCUUGGUCAGGGGCAGAAGAGUAAAAAACGUGGUUCAGAAGAAGCUUCUGUUUUCACCGAUGAAGAUUUUGAAAAGAUGAAUAAAGAUUGGCUGCGUCUCUACUGACUUCCUCAAUCUCCAUCAGUAAUCUCCAAAUUUGCAGAUCCAGUGCUUGGAAAUGUUCGUAAGGUGGUUUUGUUAGUUAAACGUGUUGCAUGGGUGCAGUCGGUUUACCCUGAAAAUCCUGGUAAUUCUUUCCAUUGUAUUGCUAUACUUGUAUGUGUAGAUGGAAUGAUUGUAGAUAUUUGUGCAGUAAUAGUGUUGCAUGCUGUUCACUGACAAAUAUGAUUGUUUGUGGAAUUGUAAUCAAGAUUAUUUUUAACUAAUUGCAUGAAUUAAACCAUUGAAUUCUAUAAAAGUAUUCUAUACUGAAAUUAUAUUUAAAUGCAUUAGCAAAACUAAGACUAGCAACUUGUCAGUGAGCUGUUGGAAUUGUUUCCUUUUUAGUUGCAUACCUAUAUUGUGCAUCUAGUCUCUAGGUUUUUAUUUCAACAAAAAAAAAGUUUCCUCUGUAACUUGUAGGGUAGUGGUGAAGGUGUCUUCAGUGUAUUGUAGAGAACUAUUGUCCUUAAUAUUACCUUCAGUAUUGGCUGCAUAUCCUCAUCUUUUAUUAGACAUAGUUAACAAUGGAUUUAAAAGGUAUGGCAAAGUAUUAAAGAACACUAUGAAGCUCGGUUGAAAGAUGGCUAUAUUGAUACUGUAGUAGGCUAAGACCUGAGGUUGUAAAUUCAGGCUCAAUUGAUUUGACUGGUGUGUGGUUUGUUUUAGAUUGUAUCUAUUUAUCUCUUUAUAUUUUCUUUAAACUGCUUGCAUAUGCUAAAAUGGUAAUUUUGUUCCCCCUAACUCACUUUUGAUCUAAACCCGUAAGAAAUGGCUUUGAAUGAAAGACUAACUGGUAAAAUUGUUUUGUUUGUCUUUGUGAGUUGCCUUGUGAUAGUAACAGUGUGGAAUUUCCUCUAUGGCUCCGAGUACGAUCUGUAUAACCUCGUGCCAUCACCCAUGUAUGCCUUUGUCAUUAUCAGAUAUCUCUUUCUUAUUUUGUCACUUGUUAUUCUUUGUUUUAUGAUUUAUGCCUGUGUUAAUUCCAAUUCUCACGCUUGAUUUUCAGGGUUGGCACGGUUAAUGGAAAAGAAGGCAAAGGUUCCAUACGGUGGAUAUUACAAAUGCCUUGAAUGUGUGAUUGCAGAAGUUGUUUAACUACUGGGAGAUUAUCAUAACAACUCGUGGGAAAUACUGGUGUACAUGCGAGAUCUUUUUUUAAGGACUGUUGAUGCAGAUUCCAUAAGACGUCAAUGUUUGGGAAUGACAAAGUGAUCGGCGAGUGUGUGCUUGGAGUGGCAGCUGUUGUUGUCUCGUAUUACCUUAUUUGGGUUGUUGGAUUACCUUUUGUGGAUGAGGAUAGCUCCUUAAGAACAUUUUUUCCUGAUCCUCUGAUAGCCAUCAUUAUCCCUGCUGUUAUUCUUGUGUUGCUUUUAACUCUUACGGGGAUUUACAUUGUUGGGGCCCUGUAUAAGGCUCACAAGAUUGAGAGAGAGAAAUUGGAUUAGUCAUAAAAUAGAUGUUACUCAGAGAUUGGCAUCCAUUAUAUUUUUUGUUUACAUGCAUGGUAUGUUUAACAUUAAUCACUUAGUAUAUAUAUUGUAUGAACUUAUUCGUCUUUGACAUGGCAUAGGUUAAUAUUUUUUGCAUGUCAUGGACAAAAUAAUAUAUUUUUUACCCUGAAUAAGUUAUCAAAUACACGAGUGGAUAUUCACAA